AUGAGUGAUCGAGAUGUUCCAAGCGUUCCAAUAACCACACUUGCUGGUCUUACCAGUCUUUCUGAUCUGUUAAGCGAAUUACCCAUCUCAGAUUCGCUGUCCGUAUCCGCGUCGCUAAACCGUUCGCUUCUGUUCCACCCGCGAGUGGCCGAGGAAGCGAACAAUCUGCUAGCCACACGGGAUGACGCUCUGACUGCACAACUCGUUACCGCUAUCGAACAAACUAACUCCGAUAGCAUAGAGCUAAAGGAUCAGUAUCCACAGCCUACUGCUCCUGCCAAUGGCGUUCCGAUCGACGGGCCGGCGCUUUUGCAGGCUAUUCAUUCCAGUAGGCCAAACGUUUUCAAAAGCCCCUACAAUCCACAAAUUCACCAAAUGUUCAGCAGUGCUGUUGCACUAGGGGUUGGAAAUCAGCAACAGUUGGUGGCGCAGCAGCAGAAAAUAACUCCAACAUCACAGACACAGUUUUACAAUCUUCCCAACGAGAGCUAUACAAAUCUGGUGCAAUUACAACAAGCGUAUACGAAUCAGCAACAAGUACCAAUCGAGCAAUUGCAAUCGGUGUUUCAAACUCAACAUGACAUGCAGCAGCUGCAGCAUCAGCCGCAGCAACUACACCAUGCACAGCAGGCUGUUCCCAACGUACAGCAACAGCAACAGCAGUUACUGCCACAGCAAACACAGAUUCUGCAGCAACAGUUUCAAUUUGCCGCCGAUCCCAAUCACAUAAUCCCUUCACCACAAGCUACUAUCAUUCGAGGACAGCAGCAAAAUGUUCUUGGCAAUUCCUUUCCCAACCUUUCUUCCCAAACGCCAACCAACGCAGUAAUGAUCGGACAGCAACCGAUCGGUGCACAACUGCAUCAACAGGUGAUUAAUAUACACAAUGUUCCAUACUCGUCCAAUUCUGCAGAAAACAACCAACUGCAGCAGCAACAGCUCUUCCAACAGCAGCAGCAGCAACAACACAAUCAAAAUGUGAUCGUUUCGCAUGCGUCCAACACCGUGCAAGAUCAAUCCUUGCCUGCAUUGGAUCCGCAUCAGAGUGUGAUCCAACAGUCCGCAUCUUACACAGCUGCAAUCCAUCCGGUGGUUUCUGCACCUACCAGUAAUCAGGCGGUGCCACAGGCGAUGUUGCAACAAAAUCACUUAAUCCCACAACAACAGCAUCUAAAUGUGAUAAAUCAAACGAAUAAUAAUAUACACAGUGCCUCAACCCAACAGCACCAAUAUUCGCAACAACCGCAGCAGCAGCAUCUGCCAAAUCACACCCUUUUGCCGCAAGGACAGCAGUUAUCGCAAUCUCAACAGCAGCAUCAGCAAUCUCAUCUAAACAAUGGCAGCCCCGCCGUGGUCAUAUCUUCUGGAAUGAAUCAUCAGCAAGCCCUCUACCAGCAGCAGUCGAUGCCCCAUCAGCAGCAGCAGCAACAGCAGCAAUACACCCAUGCUGCAAACCUUGCGAAGCUUCCAGAAACGGCACCACGGAACAACGAAUAUUUGCAGCAGCAGCAAAGCAAAAAUCUAGAUGCCCGAGGGCGACCAUCCCCGGCACAAGGUAGCACAGCACCGGACACGGUUAACACGUCAACGUCAUUGAACAUGCAGCAGCAUCACCAGAGCGGUGCCAUGAAAGGUCCGCAGCAGGCACAAACGACGGCCGGAGCACAUCGAUAUCCUACUCCUUUGUUAGGUCCCAACAAACCGAGACCUCCGGGAGCUGGUGGCGGCGGUGCUAGUCAACAAUCGAAUGCUACCACACCUGCCAUACGUCCGAUCGGUGUUAGUGGAGCGUUGAUAAGCAAUGUGUCCACUGUGGCGAUAACGAAUCGUCCCGUAGUACAACCACCGGUCGCUGCAUCUCAAUCGAGCAGUAAUACAGCAGCACCGGGCCGACCAGCUCCUGCGAAACCCCAUAUCGACACAAAGCAUCUGUUGAACCGCUUGAUACCGCUGAACGAAGUGGAAGCGCUCAAGCUACCCAAAGUGAUCGUUGUCUCGGAACGGUUAACUGAAAAGCACACCAAAAUGCUGCUUGCCGAAGAAGGACUAAAGAAGUUCGUAGCCGAAGAGCCGAAAAUGGCCGCCAAGAUGGGUCUGGAGAAAAAGACCUUCGAUCAGAUUUUCAGCAAAAUGAAAGAAGAAUCACGAGGGCCUUGGGCACCGAAACGGAAGGCACAGGAAAGGAUCGAGGAAAACCCGGAGGAGUAUCUGAGCAAGCCGAAGGUACGACGGGUAGAACGGCCGGCGGCGCCUGUGGUGAAGAAGCUCAGCAAGGAAGAACUGAUGGCGACGAACACCUACCAGCGGUUCGUUUCGUUAAUGAACAAAAUUUUCGAUCAACUCGACGAAACGGAAACACCUACCAUGGAGGAAGGCGACGAGCAGUACGAAUGCAUUCCUACGGGGCUGCUGAACAGUAUCAGUGCCGAGGCGGCGAAGCUAAAGCUUCGAAAUGCGAUCGAUGCAAUACCCGAAAAUAAGCUUACCUUGCUAAUUACGUACGCAAUGCGGUCGAUCCAUUCGGCGAAGAAUCUGAGCGGGUCCGAGCUGCAGGACGAUUUGGUAGGGGACGAGUGCAUUGAGAAGAUUCUGAACGCGGUCGAAGCGUCUCUGCUCAUUUGCUGUCUGUACACGAGCAAGAACACGAAAUUUCUGCAGGAAGAUAACAUCGACGCCAUCAUCAAGUUUGUGCAAUUUCAGCUGCGCGAAACGAUUUUCGCUUCGUACGAUCCGGUCUAUUCGGUGGAAACGAAAAGGAAAGCCGGCGAGGGCAAGAAGAAGAAAACGAUCACGUACCAGCAAAAAGGAAUAACGAUGCUGUACACGAAAACGGUCGAACUGUCCAAGCAGCUGGUAACAAUGUUCGAGCUGUUUCACUUCGUCGAUACGAUCGUGAUACACGCUUCAUCCCUUGGCGUGGAACCGUUUUUUGUGGACAAUAUUGAAACGUUGCAGUUUGUUUGUCUCGAUCUAGUAACGACGAUCUUUCAGAACGAAAAGUACGCCCAUCAUCGGAGAAACAUCGUGUCGGACAUACUGACGUCGUUCGAUCGAUUGCCGCACUCGAAACGUAACCUGCGACCGUACAAGCUGGUCAACAACGGUGGUAACAUACAGAUGAUGACGGCGCUGGUGCUGCAGCUAAUUCAGUCUUCCGUCAUCCUGCCCGACACACUAACACCGGACAGUAACGCAAACGCAGUUGGUACGAAACAGAGAUCCAAUAAUGUGAACUGUGCGGACGAUGGGACGGGUGGUGGCAGUGGGAAAAGCACGGAUCUGUUCAUCUUCGGCAAGUACAACACGGCACUGAGCAUCGGUGGUAACUUUCUGACAACCUUUCUGGACAAAUGCAAAAGCCGCUCGAAUGAAACCGAUUUCCGUCCAUUGUUCGAGAACUUCAUCCACGAUCUGCUGACGACCGUAAACAAACCCGAAUGGCCAGCCGCAGAGUUGCUGCUCAGUCUGCUCGGCACGAUGCUGGUGAAGAAAAUGUCCGACAAAGGUGUCGAGCAAUCGAUAAGGGUAGUGUCGCUCGAGUACCUUGGCAUUGUGGCCGCUCGGUUACGGAAGGACACGGUCGAAUCGCGAUGUAAGGUGAAAACGAUGGAUACACUUAUCAAAUACAUUAAGAUCGAGCAAGAAAAGGAAGGUGACGAGCCUUUGAACAACAGUAAGUUCCAGCUGGACGAGGAGGAAGAACGGACGGAAUUUUUGCAGAAGAUUUUACUCGACUUUCUCGCUGUGAACGCGCACGAGGGCAACGUGGUGUGGAACCAUGCGCGUCACUUUUACAUCACACAGUGGUAUAGGGAUUUGAUGCAGCGCAAGAAGAAGAUUGCCGAGGGCGAAAAAGGAUACGCAUCACGGAAGAAGGCGGCGGCAAAGAAGCGGAAAAAGUAUCAAAGCGACUCGGACGGGUCGGACGGUGCGGACGAUUCGGACGGCGAGGAUGGUAACAUUCGCGAGGGUCAGGUCGAUCAGGAACUGAACAGUGAAAUCUUCCGAAUGCUGGACACGCGGAAGCAAUACUAUCUGAGUCAGGUGGCACCAUUCGGGAGGAGUGCGAGUGGUCGGUCUGGUGGCGGUGCGGUCGGUGGAAAUUACGAGAUAAAAACAUAUAUCGACUAUAGUAAUGCAAACCUGAUCGCACAGUAUCUGGCGAGCAAACGUUCCUUCUCGCAAAGCUAUGACAAGUAUUUGCAAAAGAUCAUUCUGGUCGUGAGGGAACCUGUGGUCGCGAUAAGGACGCGAGCGAUGAAAUGUCUCGCCAAUAUCGUGGAAGUAGAUCAACUCGUGCUCGCCCGUAAGGAUAUGCAGAUGGGUGUGCAGCAAAAGCUGCUCGAUACGGCCAUUUCUGUGCGAGAAGCAGCUGUCGAUCUGGUCGGGAAAUACAUCCUUUCCGAUCACGAACUUAUUGAUCAGUAUUACGAAAUGAUUUCGCAACGAAUACUGGAUACGGGCGUUUCGGUUCGGAAGCGGGUAAUCAAAAUCCUUCGAGACAUUUGCAUAGAGUAUCCGGCGCACGAAAAGAUACCGGACAUUUGCGUUAAAAUGAUUCGACGAGUGAACGACGAGGAAGGAAUUCAGAAGUUAGUCAUGGACGUGUUUAUGACGAUGUGGUUUACACCGUGCAAUGAUAACGAUAAGGCUGCAAUGGAUAGAAAAAUUACUCAGAUUAUAGAUGUCGUCUGUUCGUCGCACGAAACGGGCACCCAAGGUUUUGACGCCUUACUAAAAACGAUAUUUGAACCAAAAGAAAGUAAAGAUGAUUCGAAGCUAAAAAAAGAGAUUCCUAAAACCUUGAUCAAAGCCUGCCAGCAGAUUGUCGAUGGUUUAGUGGAGGCCACAAUGCGUCUGGAAGGAGCAGAGAAUACACGGCUAGUAGGAUGCAUCACGGCAUUGCAUUUGUUUGCGAAAAUUCAGCCCCAGCUUCUAGUGAACCAUGCAAUUUCGUUGGAACCGUAUCUUAAUAUGCGCUGCCAGAACCAGAUCAUUUCGAAAUUUAUCAGCUCGAUAGCAGAAAUUCUUGAACAGGUCGUUCCACUAAUGGAUCAUCCGAGCGAGGUAUUUUUGGCAGAUCUUGAGUCACAUCUGAUGAUGCUAAUCGUCACACAAAGCCGCACUAUCGUGUUGAGUUGCGUUUCCUGUUUGUCUACAGUUGUAAACAGAAUCACAAAGAACUACAAACUGAUUCGGGAUUGUUUUUCCAAGUUAUACUAUAAAGGUCUAGUAUCGAUCAAAGACAAGCUUGCAUCGGAUCCAUCGAUUCCUAUUGAACAGUACUUCCGGCCACAGUUCCGACGCAGCAUAUUUACGGUAGGUUUGAUUAUGCGAUACUUUGACUUCCGACUACCAGAAGUGUACGGGGCGCCUAAAAGCGGCGAGGACUCCACCAAUCAAGGUUCGCCCCUACCAGCAAACAUCUGCGAGGACGUGUUCGCAACACUGGCAUUUUUCCUUUCCUGCGAUCAUAGCGAAAUUUGUAAGGAAGCUCUUACUUCGAUGGGUAACUUUUGUGUGAAAAACUACGAAUAUCUGAUGAAGGUCGAGCUGCGAGAUUAUUACAACUAUCUGCUCACGCAAGAUAAAGUACUGACAGACAUGAAAAUAACGGUGCUGAAAAAUAUUCUCAUGUAUCUUACGGAGGCAGAAAAUCAAAUGGUGCGGAACGAUAAGGAAUGGUCGAAACAAUCGAAAACGGAGGAUCUGAAGGAAAUGGGCGACGUGUCGUCUGGCAUGGCGAGUCGUGUGAUACAGAUUUACCUGAAGGAGAUACUGCGCAGCUUUCUGCACCGGGACUACGGUGUGCGGAGUUGGGCGAUGCGGGUCGUCGAGAUAGUCCUGCGGCAAGGCUUGGUCCAUCCAGUACAAAUAGUUCCUUACCUUAUAUGCUUAAGUACAGAUCCGGAAAAAGAGGUGGCACACAGUGCAGACAGACAUUUGCAGGAAAUCGAUAAGCAGUACCCAGGCUUUGUAAAUAUGAAAUCUAACGCCGGUAUGCAACUGUCGUACGAGCUGCAGGAACUGUUGCAGCGGCGGGACGAGACCAGCAUUGUACGGGGCUACCGGGUGAGAGAUCCGCAAGAGCCUCCAUCAGCCAUGAACGGGUUCCUGUACGCACAGUUGCGAGGAACUAAACCUCAGCGUCGUGGACUUAUUCAAUCGAUCACGAAGCAGUUCGAUGAAGGCAAAAUUAGUCUACGGCAAAUGUUGUACCUGGCGGACAAUCUUGCCUACUUCCCGUACGCCGUACAAGAAGAGCCUUUGUUCAUUAUCCAUCACAUUGAUGUGCUCAUUUCUGUGACGGGCACGAACUUGCUAGCGACGUUCCGAGAAGGACUGAAGCCACUGCCGGGGACCGAAGCAAAUACCGAAUCUAAUGCACAAAAUCCCCUAGAAGAUGAUGAUGACGAUGACCAGGAAGCAAUAUUGAAUCGACUUCCAGACGAUACAUCCGAUUUGGAAAAUUGUAUAAGGUCAGCUCAAGGUUGCAUGCUUCUCUUAAUACUCAAACAACAUCUAAAGGAUAUUUACGGUAUCACGGAUAGCAAAAUAUCGCGGUACUCCCCAUCAGAAUCUGGCAAAAUCUACGACAAAGCCAUUCAACGAAGAUCCAACUCAUUGUUCGAUCCCAAGUCAACGAUUACGUUACUGAAGGAAAACCGGAGCACUGAUGGUGUUAAGAGUGAACAGGAACGAAUCGAGCUGGUGCAACGGUACUUAGACUUCAAACAGCUUAUGCUAAGGCUAGAUCCGGAUGACCCGGACCUGCUGGAUGAAGAUGAAAAACCAAACUCGGUCGCCGGAACGCCGGUGAAACAAAGCCAGUUGGCUGCAACGGCAUCAUCCGCCCAACAUAAUCACACGACAGAUGGAACAAGCAAUAAUGUUCACGUGAAUAAUGUGCACAGCACUGCCGGGGGCGGCCCCAUGUCGGUUUCGCAACAGAAUGAUUAUAGCAAUCGAUCGUCUUACCACGGUGUCGUCAGCAAUGUGCCGAAGACACCGAAAACGGCAUCGAAUCGGCAACUGGCGUCGACGGCAACACGCAAAUCGGCUGUCAGUGGGCGCGGUAGUGCGAAGAAGAAGAAACGAAAAGCGUCCAGCUCCGAGGAGGAGGAAAGUGAUGCCAGUGACGAUGAUUACGAUUAA